CGAGUCAGUGCCCAGCGCGCCGUGACAGCGAAACGUGGGGCCGCGCCUCACUUCCUGUGUUCAGGUCCCACUGACCUGUAUGUAAGUCCGUUUCGAGAGAGAGAGAGAGAGAGAGAGAGAGAGGGGGAGAGAGAGAGGGAGAGGGCAGGUUUUUGAAACAGAGGCAAAGACGGUCAUGAGGCAGGAGAGGCACAGGAAAAGAGAGCAGGCGUUCUGUAUGUAAGGGGAGAGAAAGCAGUGGGCACACAUCAUAUAAAGGAUAAUACUUCAUACCGAACAUUCGUUCCGUCAUUGUUAAAUCACCCUGAAUUGGUCCCGAAGCGCAGUCACUGGAUCGGUCCACAUCCAUGGGUUAACAGGAGUUGGCAGAGGAGGAGCCCGUCAGAUGAAGGACAGGAGGGAGGAAAUGGAGAUCUCCUCAUACUACGCGCAGCUCUUGCGUGAGCUGGACGAGCAGCGGCAGCACGGCGUGCUGUGUGAUGCCUGCGUGGUGGUGGAGGGGAAGGUCUUCAGGGCGCACAAGAACGUGCUGCUGGCCAGCAGCCGCUACUUCAAAACACUGUACUGCCAGGCCCGGAAGGUUCCGGGGGCCGGCCCCGGGGACGCCCAGGCCACCGCUGCCACCACCGUCACGCACCUGGACAUUGUUACGGCGGCGGGCUUCCGCGUCAUCCUGGACUUCAUCUAUUCGGCGCGGCUGGCCCUCACCAGCAGGAACGUGAUCGAGGUGAUGUCGGCCGCCAGCUACCUGCAGAUGACCGACAUCGUUCAGGCCUGCCACGCCUUCAUCAAGGCAGCUCUGGACAUCAGCCCCCGCCCCGAGGUCGCAGAGGAUGUGGGCGUGGCUCCGGGGGUGGUGGGCGGGGCCUCGGAGGCUCUGGCUUCCCUGGUCUGCUCCGUCCGCAGCUCCUCCCCCUGGCUGGCGCGACGGAGCAGCCCCGCCAACUCGUCCGGCGACUCGGCGAUCGCCAGCGGCCACGAGGGCUCCGGGGGCCCCUAUGGGCGGGAGGACCCGGACCCCAAGAGCCUGGAGAGCCAGGAGGAUGCCUGGCCUGCCCACUUCAUCCCCACCGCUGUGAAAGAGGACUCUGCCUCGUCCCCUGUGCUGAAGUCCCCGGGCAGGCGCGGCGCCAGCGCAGGAUGGCAGAGCAUCUCCGCAACCGGCCGGCGCAAGAACCGCAAGAACAAAAGCACAGUGCGCCACAUCACGCCACAGCCAGCCGACGCCGGUGAGCCAGGCUCUCCGCUGGCCUCCACCCUCCCUAUGGGCUACAGCAGCCACGACAAUUCAGGUUUGGCUGGGGCUGGGGCGGAGGAGGACCACGGCGGCUCAGACAGCUGCGGCGAGCGGCAGGACUUCCCAGAGAGUCGCAGGAGCAGGUUCUCGCCCUCGGGGGACCCCACCAUCGGCUUCCCCCCCCCCCCGGCCCCGCCCCCGGACCCUGAGGGGGAGGAGCCCACGGAGGAGGCGCUGAUGGGCAGAGGUGGCCUGAUGUCCCUCCGGGCUGAGCUGCUCGGGGACGACACCCCCCUUCUCUACGACUACCUGCCCAAAGGGGUGGAGCACGCACUGUCCCUGAGAGACUUCACGGUGAUCAGGAAGAAGUUCCGCUGCCCGUACUGCAGCUUCUCGGCCAUGCACCAGUGCAUCCUGAAGAGGCACAUGCGCUCGCACACCGGGGAGCGCCCGUACCCCUGCGACGUCUGCGGCAAGAAGUUCACCCGCCGCGAGCACAUGAAGCGCCACACGCAGGUGCACAGUAAGGAUAAGAAGUACGUGUGUCAGGUGUGUGGGCGUGUCUUCAUGUCAGCAGCCAGUGUGGGGAUCAGGCACGGCUCUCGCCGGCACGGCGUGUGCACUGACUGUUCUGGGCGGGGCCCAGGCACGGCCAGGGGCGUGGCCGCCCAGCUAGCCCACAACGGGGACUCACAGGAGGAGGAGGACCUGUACGGUGGUGAUCACGGCAACGAGGAACAUGGCGACGGGGACGAGGAGUUUCUGGGAGAAGGAGAGGGGGAGGAAGGCGGUAGAUGGAGGGAUGACUCAGGAGAGAAGGAGGAAAGCGACUCAGCACAGGAGGGAGAGAUGCAGGGGGGAGGGAGCGGGGACUUCCCCUGGAUUUCAUAGCCACUGCCCCAUUUUUCCCCACCAGGCCCACGAAAGCCUGCAUGUGAAAACAUGCCUCUGAUGAGCAGGUACAAACCAGCAGACAUACCUCCAUCUGCACUGUAACACACGUGUGCGACACUCUGGGAGUCUGGGGAGUAAGCGCAUCUUUGUUUCUUUAUGGUGUCUUUGCUUUGAUGCAGGAUUUGAAGGGAGGGGGGGGUCUGGCACUGCACAGGUGUUUCUCUCUGCCUGUCUGUCUCUCUGAGUGCCAGAGAUUCACACCAGACCUGGGUCAGAUACAUAACUCAAUCACUCACUCUUUAGAGGCAGGUAGAGUUCAGAAACACUGCAGAUCCGUGAAGAUUUCACAUGAAAUGUGCUACUAACUGAAGCACACAAUCAUAUCAAAAUGUUUUGGUUCUGAAUACUUGUGUUUCUUUUUAAAUGAUCAGUAAUGGGCAGUGAUGCUAGUGGAGUCUGAAGUUUAGAAUCAUUAAGCAUGUGUAACCUAGGUAAGAUGCAUUUAGCGUGUCUCCUUGUGUGGAGGUGAACCCAUAGGCCCCGGUUCGAGGUUUGGGUAAUUUCACAAUUCCAUCAACUCAUACGAAAUGGAAGAUGUGAUCGGCCAGCGUUAGUACCCCGGUGGCGUUAUUCCUGCGGAUUGGGUGGGGAUGGGGGGUGCAGAGAGUCCAGGAGGAACCGAAACAUUCAGCACACGUCACUGCCUGAGACUUGCACUUUAAAUCUCUCCUGACUUCUACACUGUCCCAGUUUACACGGCUCACGCUUCUGCAGUAACUGCCUUUUGGGACAUCUAUCCUCCAGACUGUUACUGUAUGUACACCCAUCUUUGCAAAAAAUUUGACAGUCUUGGAUCAACUGUUAUCUUCCACACUUUAUACCUCUCUGUUCUCACAUGCAUUUAUAGCUGAAAUGUUUAUCAAGCUAUAAAAUAUAAAUCUAAUGAACACAGAAACUGAUGCAUGAUUGAGAAAAACGGAAAGAGAAAGAGUUGUAACUGUGGUGCUGUUGGACUUCGUAUCCCAGAAUUCCCCAUGUGCCCGUAUUUGCCAGGAAAGAAUCUCAACAUGUAUCACAUUUGGAAUGUUUAUAACCUCUGUUUUCCAGAGGGAACUAUCCAGGCUAAGGGCCUUCUCACCUUCACGAGGGCAGUGGUUCCCAAACUCAGUCCUGGGGUAUCAUUGUGCAUUGCUCAAUAUUGUUCCAACCACAGUUGUAAUUCCAUUUUCUCUUAAUUAUUUUUAAUUAGGCGCUUUUUAUGUUUAGAGGGAUUACUUACCCUCUUAAGCCACAUUAUGUUAGAAAUAGCUAUGCAUGCCAUGAAGAAUAAAAGUCCCAUUUUCACAUGUUUAUUAUGCUAUAUUACAAUUACAUAAUAGAAGCAACACAUUUUUUAACUGAUCAAAUUAAAGACAGAUGAAUCAAUAGGCUCCCAAUUAGGUUGAGGAAGACUUGAGUUUAAGUUCUUUCAUCAUUUUUUCUUUAAACUUAUUAACACAAUUGAGAUUUGUCUCGUUGUCAUUUGCUUUGUCUUUGAAUUAUCUACCAAAUGGACAUUUUUAAUGGUAUGCAUAGCUGUUUCUGACAUGAUGUGGCUUAAGAGAGUAAAUAAUCUCUCUAAACAUGAAAAGUACCUCAUUAAUAAAAAAUUAACAGCUUGUUAAACCAGCAUACAUAGCGGUCCCCCAGGACCAAGUUUGGAAACCAAUGCACAAGGGAACUUUAAAAAGGUGGGAAGAAUACAUUUAAGGGCAUAUGAGGUCACUUUGGUGGAUAUUUACCUUUAAGGGCACACAAGCUAAUGUCAGUGAAAAUUUACACUUGUGGGUAAGAGCUAAUGUCAGUGCAAGUGUACACUUUAAGGGCAUGAGUUGCCAUCAGUGAAAGUGCACACUAAUGGGCAACAGCCUUCACAGACUCUGUUUUCUCUCUAGAUUACUGUGUCCGUUGUAGCUGUUCUUUAUCUGAUGCAGGUGCAUUACAGGCCCUGUAAAAGGCCAUUUCCUUGGUUCUCAUUUUUGCAGUUUUCAGCUGAAAUGACAACAUUACUGAUGUCUCCUUUUCCGUAGAGAUGAGGAAAAAUGUACAAGCGGAGCAGCCUUUUAUGCGAAGCAUUCUGACGGUUCAUAUUUCUCCUGCCUUUACCCCUUUUCCUGCCCAGCUGGAAUGCCCCGGCAUUCUCAGACUGUAGUGCUCCCUGCAGCCUCUGUGUUGGAUUCGGGAGAGUGCAGGCAAGCUCGUGCUCUCCUCUGAAGCACAUGAUGUCAGCCAUUGCUUGUCAUCGCUCCGCUGUUGUGAACAACCUUUCAUGUUUUCAUACACCUCUCUGCUCCACUGCCACCUUGAUUGAUUGUGCUUAUUUUCUAGAGAUUGCUUUUGUAUAACUGUUUCACUGUAGGAUUGAGAAUGGUCUGGUUUGUUUUAGUAUGGGAUGGUACAUUUUUAAAACACAUCCAUAUUUACAGUUUAUAUCUGAUAAAGAAAAGCCUUUAAAACCUUGCCUUGUCUCGGAGAGCAAGCCUUAUGGCUUUCAGAACAGUCGUCCUGGUUACUGUGUCAGGUUUGUGUGCAUUGCAUCUUUGUUUCUUUGUUAUAAUUUAGUGCAGUGGUGACCCGCCCUGCUCCUGGAGAUCUGCCGUCCUGUAGGUUUUCACUCCAGCCCAAACAAAGCACACCACAUGCAACAGCUUGUUGCGCCGCUAAUUAGCAGAGUCAGGUGUGGGUUCAAAUGAAAACCUGCCGGACGGUAGAGCUCCAAGAACAGGGCUGGUUACCACUGAUUUAAAGUAAUUGUGUUGUAAUUUUUUAAAAAAUUGGCAAAUCUAACUUAUUUGGCAUAAAUAGUUUAAAUGGUAUAUACUGUAUAUUAUUAUUAUUAUUAUUAUUAUCAUUAUCUUACAAAGAUAUACAGAUUAUGAUUAUACCAAAAAUGUUUGAUGGAUAAAUUAUGUGCUUUUCUUUCCACACUUUGUGUGUACAGCUUUGUAGCUGUUAGUUCUUUAUUUAUUAGUGCAUUACAUUAUUUAUGACUUUGUGUCUUUUUUCCAACAAUUUCAAGAAUUUAGUUCCACCCACUUUGCAUAAAGACUUGAUUGCAUAACUUCUCAGAAUUAUAUUAUUUAUGCAAAUGGUUUUCCUAAGGUUCUGAUCUUCCAAAAAUACAAUGGAAUCAGUUUCACCUCCAAAACACCAACAGGACCAGGAUAAUACCUUUUAGUAAACAGAAUAUGGCUGUUAUAAGCAGCACAUAUCUGAGGAAAUCAUGUUUAUUCCUUAGAUUCUAGGUGUAAAAACUGCAAUUGUUUUGUAAAUGUAAAUUUUAAAUCCAGAUUUUAUCCUGUUUACCUUGAUAUGUACAAAUCAUAAAGCCAUAUGUAUGGUUGUUCCUAUUAUAUUGUACUGUGUUUAAAGGUUUUACCUUUUAAUUUAGAUUCCAUUCUAUGAAGACUGUUGUGGUGUAUACUUUCAUAUAAAUAUCAACAUUGUGUUACUUUUUUUUUUACUCAAUUCAAUGUUAUUUUGCUGAAAAAGGGGCAGCUCUUGAAACAACUCUUUGUGGGGAUAUUGUUCAAUAUAAUAUUGAUUUUGUAAUAAAUAUUCUAGUAUGAACCUG